AUCAACUCACUUCUGUUUGCCGGCUCUUACCCACAAUGCACCUGACAGGAAGCGUUGAAUCCCAGUUGGCGCGCGGCUGGAUGUAAACAAACUAUCAACACGAGGAGACGCGGCGGAAGUAUCCUCACUCGCAGGUACAUUCUGCGACCAGUAGUCCCACUGUCCUCCGCGGUGACAGCGAUGUUUCCCAACUCCAGAAUAACGUUAACUCAAGCCGGCAGGGCGGAAGCAGCGGACUUUUAAGCGACCAUGUGCAAUUCUGUUGCGUUAUGGAGACACAACGCGUUGAAAAGCUGUAUAGAAAUCCCCGUUUAGUUUCCCUCUGUGGGAAGAUCAUCUUAUUUGAUCACAAGCGAGCUUCAGGUAAAAGCAGUGGUGGGAAAAGUGAGUUAAUAUCCCGCUGCCUGUCAUAUGAUCGGGGGAGCAACACGUUCCUGAAGGAUGGAGCAGCUGUCAUCAGCAGGAAAACAUCCGCCCAAGUGGACAUCGUAGCCUGUAAAUGUGCCUUAGACCUCCAGAGGAGAGUAACCACACCUUGUGUAGUAGUGGUCCAGAGGGGUGAGAGAGGAGAUGGCUUCCUGUAUAGUCUGCUAACACUGUGUGACUCACACAGACUGGAGUCAUGCUUUGAGUUUAAGCUUCCUUAUCAAAUUAAGGGGGCUGCGUUCAUCCUCCAGGGCCCCACAGUGUUGUGGAGCCACGCUGGUCAUGUCUUCUAUACGUCUCCGCAGGCAGGAGAGGUGAGGCAGAUUCCCCUGCAGUUGUCCCACAGUGUUUUUGGGGAACUCCCCCUCCUCAGAGGUCAGGUAUUUGUUCUCGGGCUGCAAAAUGAGUGCGAUCAGCCCUCAGGCCAAACCCUGGGUUAUUUCCCUCAGACUGGACAAGCUUUCGAUGGCUCUAUGAUUUUACCUCACCCCUACAUUGGCAUCACACGCUGCAUCUUGGUGCUCUCGGCCGAGAAGGUGGACGGGGCCCUGAAAUCUGCUGUGGUUGCAGCGACUUCUCACCAGCAGCUCGUUUAUUUCCAGAGUGGGGUUGUAAAAGACACGUGUCCGCUCCCCUUCCAGCAGCCCGAAGACAUUCAGUUGGUCAACUGUGGAAGGAAUGGCUGCCUGUUUGUCAUAUCCUUUCACCAGGGGCAUGUUUGUGCUCUAUGGAAGGAAACACUUCAGAUAGCCUCCCACUGGUCAGGUGUCAGCUCCGUCCAUGUGGAUGACUUCUUGGGAUGUGGAACAGACCAGAUCCUCUUGGUUUUUAAGGAUGAGAGUGUAACAGGGCAGCCGCUAGAAAAUUUCCUCAUCACGGACCUCUGUGGUAUUUCAUAUUCUCACGGACAGGACACUGAUGGUCCAAAGCAAUCUUCUCCUCCACCAGAGAACAACCUUCUUACUCUUCAAGCCUUGGAGUCCAGACUACAGAGUGGAUUGACCGUGCUUCAGGAACUUCAAGGAGAAGUGAGAGUGAAGGACAGAGUUGUACAUCAGGCAGUUCAAGCCCUGGCUGACGCAGUGUCAGGAAGAGAAGCGGUUCUCUCACAACCCGAGCAGGAAGGUCUCGUCGCUCUGUGGGACUCUGAUGAUGAGUCAAAGGAUGAGGCCUCGGAUGACAAGAUGCAGGACAUGCCGGCAGUGUCUCCUGAACCUCACGUUGACAAGCUGUGGCAUCGCGUUGCAGAGGACCGAAUAGUUGUGGGGGUGAUACUGACGAUGGACAGCGCAUUACCAGUGGCCAGUGUGAGCUUAUCCAUCCUGACAGAGACGGGCCAGGGCUCAACGCCUGCAGUCAUCCAGACCCAGAGCCAAGUGUUAUGGCUCCCCACACCUUGCCCAUCACCCUCCUCCUCUGCCUCCACGCCACCGGAGCCCGCAGCCAAAAGAAGCAAGCAGCACAACGCCAGCACACCCAAUGAUCUCAACACAUGCAGAAUGGCUGUGACUGCUGUGACCAGGCUUAUUCCUCUGUUGAACUCUGGCUGUGUCAAGUGCCAUGUCAUGCUCCAUUACGUCCAGAGACAAGAUGCUUUUUCUUUCCUGAGCAGCCCAACGCCGCUUGUCCUGCACUGCGGUCAAGUUUCUCUAGAAAUCCACGGGGAUUUUCAAACCCCACUGCUCAAAAACCCCAAACUCAAAACAGAUGAGGUUAAAGAGGACUUGCUGAGUUUGUUGACUGUGCUGGAUCGCUGGGUCUUCCACAUAGACUCUCCCGAACACAGCUUAGGUGAUCUAGAUGGCUGGAUUCAGAGAAGAGUGGGUUGUGAGAGGAUAGAAGUGAGCCCUCAGUAUCUGCUGAUCAAUUCUUCGGGACCAUCUGCUCUCAUGCUGCUGCGCUGGUGCCAGAUAACCCCUUUUCAGGGGGAACUCUCUGUCCACUCCAGCGAGUUACAGGUGCUUCAGUUCCUGGACUCUCUCCUGGCUUUCCUCCCUGCGUCCUGCUCUGUCCGGCCUGUCCACGGUGCAAGAGGGCAGGGUGCUGCUCAAACAUUUUCUUUGGCGUUGGAAAAAGAGGUUGUGUCGCUCAGAGAUUCUGUGUCGCUGCUUCUGCACGAGAAAGAGGAGGAUGAUAAGAGGAGGAGGAGGAGCAGUGGACAUGAUGAGACCCCUCCUGAGGCCGGUUCUGUGGAGGGGCUGCAGAGGUGUAGGGAGGCAUGGCAGCAGGACGCGGAGCGGAGUAGGACGAGGUUGAGCCCCCUGGUGGAUGUGGGGCGGUAUCGUAAGCUGACCCGAAGCGUUCUCAACGUCCAGCUGGAUGGGGAUUUGGCCGCUCUCUUAGAAAUGCAGAGGACGUUGCUCCACUAAUGUUCUGCUGACAUAGUCACUGUUGACAAUCCCACUGUUAGUUUUCUGUCCCCAUGGAGCUCUUAGUCUUAAUGUUGGAAAAAGCAAAUAAUAGUGUAAUAUCUAAUAGUACAUAAUGCGUCUCUACAAGCUUCCUGCCCCUCUUGCUGUCCUGGUUUCUCUCUGAGCUGGACUGUGUGUGUGUGUGUGUGUCUGCUCUCUCAGACGGCCCCACGGGGGGGGUUUCAUAUCUUUUGAGUGUCUGUCGCUGAAUUGAGCCCCUGCCUAUUUCUAUUGGAUCACCUCCUGGGUUUCACAGCUUUAAUCGGAUACUGAUGCAAUGGUAACUCUGAUCAGCUUAUUCCUCUGCUCAUGUCCCCUCAGACCCUGAUUUUCAGUACAGGGAGACGAGACACUUUCAUCUGUGGGUGAGAAACAAUUUGUCUUAUGAAUAAAAACAACAGAUGAAAGGGGUUAUAUAUUUCUCCCUGACUGGCUAUAGGCUACUAAAAGCGUUAAGUGGUAUUUCCUCUCAUGGCCUCUAUUUUUUCGAUGAAACGAUGGAAAGGAAAACAGUCGGUGGAGGCUGUUUCUCUCCUGACGUCAGUGUUGUUCAAUGUCUUUCAUCCACGCAAACAUCAAAUCCCACUUUAAAGCCUUUGCUGGAUACAUAAAGUCUGUGGCAGCUUGACCAGCAGUGUUUGCUUGAAUGGUUGAGUUUUUUUUCUAGUCUACCAGAGGGGGCUGCUAAACGAAUGUGCAUUUUGUUUGUUCCAGGAACUGUUCCUACUGUGUGUUUUGUGUGUGUUUGUUUGUUUGUGUGUGUGUGUGCGUGUGUGUAUGCGUGUGUGUAUUACUCACUCAUUCUGGGGAGAGAUCCACUCCCACUCUUUUACACCUUUUAAUAUCUUUGCUUCAGUGCACAUAACCACUUCCACUCAACUCACUGCCACAGGACUCCCCUUAAACAUAGAUGUGACGUAAUUACUUCAAAUUCCUCAAUUUCCUGGAGUUAUUCCUACAUGUUUUUAUGAUAUAUAUUCUGCUGAAACACUGUAAAAUAAAUAAAUAUUUUCUGUUUUGUUCGGAUGAAAAUAAAUCUCCUCUUUGCAGCUCA